AUGUUCUCUUCUCCUCAACAUCAGCAUGAUAAUGCAUCGGCAUCCUCAUCCAGAACUACUAGAUCAUCACAAGACAAACGCAACGACAAGAACACGGAGACUACUCCAGCUUCAAACCCUCGGCAGCCAGACGAAAUCGAAGAAGCUGAUACGACAGUACCAGUAAAGACGUAUCAACCAAAGCAGAAGCAGAAAAGAGAUGAAUCGCCAUCUGGCAAAGAUACCGACGAUGCCGAGAGUGUAUAUCUAUCAUCCGACGAAGAAGACACCUCAGAUGAAGACACCUCAGACUAUGACUCGGACUCAGAAGGUAGCGUGGAAGAGCUGCCUCCUCGGCAACUGUCGAGGAGAGCAACAGAUCGAGGUGUAAAAACAACUCAUGGGUCGCCAUUUACAAUCACUCAGACAACAAGCGAAACUACUCGCUGGGUAUCAACACAGAACAAUGGAGGCUUGAUGCGAGGGGCCAGAACUGUCAACCAGCAGACAACAUUGCAUGGACACAACGUCAAUGGACCACAGCAGCAAAGACCGAGCAACAGGAACAGUAUCAGCUUCAACAUGAGCGUCAAUGUUGACAUGUCCUUCAACGGCCUCGUCACAGGCCGAAACCUGGGCUUCACAGGGGUAGGCAACCUGCCAUGA